GUGAAGCGAAAAAGAAUUUUUGCUAGUUUAAGGGUUUUAGGCAUGGUGAUUGAGCAGUUGUCCCCAGAAAUUCCUGAAGAGCUGAAAUCUCUAAUGGAAUCAGAUUCUGCAAUGACAGAAGACUUAAUUGCUUACACAUUAUUCCCUUAGAUGCUCCAUCCUUAACAAACUCUAUUAUGUCUUUGCUUGAGGUUCAAGCAGCAGUUUCAGCUUUGAAGUACUUUAGGGGUUUGCCAGAGUUGCCUCGGAGUCAUCCAAUUCCUGCUGCUAGAGAUGCUGAUAUGCUUGAUUUCUUGCAGUGUAUAUUUGGAUUUCAGAAAGAUAAUGUCUCUAAUCAGCGAGAACACUUGGUUCACCUGCUUGCUAAUGAGCAGUCUCGGCUUGGAAUUCCAAAUGAGACAGAGCCUGUAAGUCCCAAAACCUUUGGCUUUUUUUUUUUGGCUUACUUUGUUGAUGUUCUACAAGUUGUCUUUGUCUCACUUUUAAAUGUCUUUCAAUGA